AUGUUUGUGUUUCCAGCCUUUGAUAGUAACUAUAAAACCAGAAAGAGAGUGUUUCGAUGUUGCGAAAGGUGUAGGGUGAAAAGAGUCAAGUGUCUGUUUGUGGAGGGCUCCGAUGGAUGCGCCAAUUGCAUAAAGAGUAAGAGUGGGUGUUCAUUAGUCAAGGCAAAAGCGGAUGAAAUUGCUAAGUCUAAAACGCCUGAGCCUUCAAUUGUAGAGCAGCAGCAAGAGGCCCAGGUAGGCCAACAGCUUACACAAUCGCAGCUUCAGUUUCCAUAUGCACCAAGUGAUAUUGUAGAUGUCCGAAUGAUUACUCCAUACUUUCUUAAGAAACAGUUUAAUUUUAAUGUAUCGGGUAUGCUGGAGGAACGGGCAUAUCAAUAUGUGUUCCAUGAUCACCCCAAGGUGGUAAUAAAUGACAAAAUUAGCGAUAAGACGUAUUGGCAUGAAUCAGGAAUCCAUGUUGGCUAUAAGGAUAAGCUCUCCGGAAAUGAAAAGAAUCAACCCAGAGAUGAUUCGAAUGUUAGAUCGUUGCACAGUUCGACUAGUGUUUCCAUUAAAUUAUCUAAUUCCCACCAUAUAAGAGAUAAGAGGACUUAUGAUUACUUGGCUUCGAUAAAUGCAUUCUCUUUAACUUCUGGAACUUAUGCGCUCACGCCAGUGGAAGUUAGACAGUUGAUCGACAUUUACUUCACCAAGAUAAACUCUGUGUUCCCAAUUAUGAACCCGCUGUCCUUUUGGGAAGAGUACUAUGCUGAUCUCUUACCAAGCAUUUGUCUCUAUGCAUUGAUUUUGGCUAUCCUGAAGGAUAGCUCUGCAAGCACGAUUUUAUCAGCAAUGUUCGUAAGAAAUGGGCUCCUUCUGAUGCCAGGCAGUCUGUAUGACGCUGUUUACAUUGAUUACAUUGGAGACCUUGAAAAUAAAAUUAGACAACUCUUGUUGGUUCUUCCGCAAUUGGGUGACUAUGAUAAAUUGACGAGAUUGGCAACUACUUUACUUCUCUCUUUGCACUUCGGAUAUGAUAGAUUUGGUAAUGAGCAAGCCUCACACGAUCUUACUGACGCUAUUAACUUGGCCUUUCUGAUGGGAAUCCACAUGAAGCGUCAGUUACUGGAAUUGGAAGCGGAGAAAAUUUCCCAUUUAAAUAACUUGUGGUGGAUCUGUUUCAUAUUCGAUAGAUUUAAUGCUUUAAUUAACUGCAGAUCGAUCUUCAUUAGACAAAAAGACUUCAAUAUUGAUCUCCCGAAAAAUAUCAAUUUAAUGAAAUUGACUCAAGUAGCCAAAUCUUUAGAAAAUAUGUUGGAAGACAUUUAUAGACCUUUCAAAAGAGAAACAGUGAAGCCCAGAAAUGAAGUAUAUAACAUGGAUGAAUUCAAAGAAAAUGAGUUUCGUCUCUGUGAGGAAGAAAAGGUGGAACCUAACAAUGAAGGAGUUGAGACGUACAUGGCAUCAACUGUUCAUUUAUUAACAAGACUAGUGAAUAACGUAAUCAUCUUAGCAUCUCAAAAAUCUAAGUAUGACAACAAACAUAUUCCGAAUAGUAUCCCUGAUUCGAUAGCAUUCCAGGCGUCGCAAAAUAUCUUAUGGUAUAUUAACCACCAGGAGCCUAGUUUGAUGAUGAAUAUCCCCAUUUUGCCCUGGUGUCUUUCAUUGGCCAUGGCAGUUUCUUUAAAACGAAAGGCCAAGAGUAUUUUACGGAGGAGCGACGGGAACGGACUUGAAAAGGAGACAUUUGAAUAUCCCGCUAGCACCCCUGCUUCAUAUGUGUACCAACUACAUGACUUUUUUGCAGCGUUGGAGAAAUAUUCUAGCAAAUGGUGGAUUGUGGAUGAAAUUUGUAAGCUUUCCAGGGAUUUUGAAGAGAAACUUAUACGAAAGACAAGAGGUGGUGGGGGAAAACUGAAGCACAAGAUAGGUGUUGAAAACUUGGAAGUACAAAAUAAGAAAAUAAGGAUGGAUGAAGGUGAGACUAACUUUGAUGCUGCUUCUCUACAAGAUGGCGCUCUUUCAGGGCAGACGACCUCCGAGCAGUUUGUCGAGCAAACUCAAAACCAGCCGACAAUAGAUAACUCAAGUAUAAGCUUGUCACGGAUUCCCACCAUGGAUUUUAAUACUCUUUCCUAUGACGAUUACUUUGGUUCUUUGCAAAUGGACUUGUUUGACAACGGGGUUUUCAUGGGACUCCCAGAUGUCUUGAGUACUCCACACUCCAGUGCUCUGCAAGAGCUGCCACUGUUAUAG